UCAAGCCGGUUUUCUGACGUGUCCGCCUGCGAUAAAAAAAGAAAAUUGCUUGAAAUCAUCGGAAAGCUAAAGAAAUAAUCGAAUUAAUACAUGAUAAUUUUAGUUUAUUGAUAUCUUCAAUAAUUGGUGUGUGAACUGAUCAAAAACAAUGACUGAAACAUUGAUAAAAUCCAAAAAUCCAAAUCGAGUCACAUCUCAUGCAGGAAUAAGUUCAUUAAUUGUUUUUUCCGUGCUGCUUAUGUGCUGGAUAGCUGGUUUUGCAUCUCGGUUGUUUGCAGUUAUUCGUUUUGAGAGUAUAAUUCAUGAAUUUGAUCCAUGGUUCAAUUAUCGCGCAACAGCUUACAUGGUGCAGCAUGGAUUUUACAAAUUUCUAAAUUGGUUUGAUGAACGAGCUUGGUAUCCUCUCGGACGAAUUGUGGGAGGAACCGUUUAUCCCGGUCUCAUGAUAACAUCAGGAGGAAUUCACUGGCUUCUUCAUCUUCUUCAUAUUCCAGUUCAUAUCCGUGAUAUUUGUGUAUUUCUUGCACCAAUUUUCAGUGGCCUCACUGCAAUUUCAACAUACCUUCUUACAAAAGAGCUGUGGAACACCGGAGCUGGUUUAUUUGCUGCAAGCUUCAUUGCUAUUGUCCCGGGUUAUAUUAGUCGUUCAGUCGCCGGAUCUUAUGAUAACGAAGGCAUUGCAAUUUUUGCACUCCAAUUCACUUACUAUUUGUGGGUGAAAUCAGUUAAAACUGGAUCCAUUUUCUGGGCAGCUUCUGCUGCACUUUCCUAUUUUUACAUGGUAUCAGCUUGGGGUGGAUACGUUUUCAUCAUCAAUUUAAUUCCGCUUCAUGUUUUUGUUCUUCUCAUCAUGAAUCGUUAUUCACAUCGAUUGUUCACAAGCUACACAACUUUCUACAUUCUUGGACUGAUUUGCUCAAUGCAAAUACCAUUUGUUGGGUUCCAGCCAAUUCGAACAUCAGAGCACAUGGCUGCGUCGGGUGUCUUCGCACUUCUCGUAGCUGUCGGCGCUUUGAAACAUCUUCAAACUGUUUUAACUAAACAAGAAUUCAAACGACUCUUCAUCUUUGGUGGCCUUGCAGCUGCUGCUGUUGUUUUCCUGACUGUCGUUGGUCUUACAAUGGCUGGUGUGAUCGCUCCAUGGUCGGGACGAUUUUAUUCUCUUUGGGACACUGGCUAUGCUAAAAUUCACAUUCCAAUCAUCGCAUCAGUGUCAGAACAUCAGCCGACGACUUGGUUCUCGUUCUUCUUUGAUCUUCACAUCUUGGUGUGCACAUUCCCAGUGGGUUUGUGGUAUGCGAUAAAGAAGAUUAACGACGAGCGAGUAUUCGUUGUUCUGUAUGCAAUCUCAGCAGUUUACUUUGCUGGUGUUAUGGUUCGAUUGAUGUUGACACUCACGCCUGUCGUUUGCAUUCUUGCUGGUGUCGGUUUUUCUGGACUUCUCGAAGUUUUCCUGAAAGAAGAUCAACAACCAGUGAAUAAAGAAGAGACGGAAAAUGAAGAACCAACUGAGAAGAAGCUUUACGACAAAGCAGGCAAAAUCAAGCCACGUAAACAUGACAGCAACAAAAGCGAGAACAAAGGUUUAGGAUCAAACGUUAAAUCGAUGGUUGUCAUUGCAAUUAUGAUGAUUUUAAUGAUGUUUGCUGUACAUUGUACGUGGGUGACAAGCAAUGCUUAUUCAUCGCCAUCAAUUGUACUUGCUUUCUAUAACCAAGGAGAUGGAACAAGAAAUAUUUUAGAUGAUUUUCGUGAAGCUUAUUAUUGGCUUUCGCAGAACACAAACGACGAUGCACGUGUAAUGAGUUGGUGGGAUUAUGGAUAUCAGAUAGCGGGAAUGGCGAAUCGGACGACGUUAGUGGAUAAUAAUACUUGGAACAACAGUCACAUAGCACUUGUUGGAAAGGCGAUGUCGUCGCCUGAAGAGAAAGCAUAUGAAAUAAUGACGUCGCUUGAUGUUGACUAUGUUCUUGUCAUCUUUGGAGGUGUCAUUGGAUAUUCAGGCGAUGAUAUCAACAAAUUUUUGUGGAUGGUGAGAAUUGCUGAAGGUGAACAUCCGAAAGAUAUUCGCGAAAGCGACUUUUUCACUGAACGUGGUGAAUUUAGAGUAGAUAAUGAAGGUGCUCCAGCUUUACUCAAUUGUCUGAUGUACAAGUUAAGUUAUUAUCGUUUUGGUGAUUUGAAAUUGGAUUACAGAGGACCAGCUGGAUAUGAUCGCACUAGAAACGCAGUUAUUGGAAAUAAAGACUUCGAUUUGACGUAUCUUGAAGAGGCUUACACAAGCGAACACUGGUUGGUUCGCAUUUAUCGUGUUAAGAAACCACACGAGUUCAAUCGUCCAGCAUUGAAAACUGACGAGCGUGUCGUAUCAGCAAGCGAAUACAUCACAAAAAAAACAUCAAAGCGUCGAAAAGGCGUCAUCAAGAAUCGACCAACAGUGAUUAAGGGCAAACGGACAGCAACAAAGGAAAAAACAAACUAAAUCAACGAAAAUGAUUCACCACAAAAAUACCUAAAUGUUUUUUUUUUGUUUUGCCAAAAAAGAAAGAAAGAAAGAAAGUAAAAAAAAGAAGGAAAAUCCAAUCAAUAAUAAAAUAAAAACUAAAUUUUUUCCGUUUUUCCGGGGGCUGCUGAUCGUAAGAUAUUUAGAAAGGAGGAAUUUUCAGCUUAACGCAAUUUCGUUUAGAAUUUGCGAUGGAAAAACUCCCAUUGAAAUAUCUAUCAUACCGUAAUGAAUAAUAAAAAAGAUUGAAGAAGAGGAAUAAGAAAGAAAACCAAGAACAAAAGGAAAAUAAAAAACGGGGCCUUAAGAAUCAAACAACAUCAACAUCAUUUUUUAUUUUCGUCUCUUUACAAAUAUUAGUUUCACGCUUUCACGUUAUUAUAACAAAUGAAAUAUAAUUUUAAAUAAAUAUUUUCUUUAUUUCAAACCAUUUUAAAAAAAUUACAAUUUCCAUGCACUUCAAGUGUUUACUAAAACAUGAGACGAAAAAUGAAAGAGGAAAGAUAUAAAAAAACACUGAAUGAAUGAAUGAAAACCCAUUUCCGAUGAUAUGAUACGAGAACAUGCGAAUAAUAUUGAAAUUCCAUCAUCAUCAACAUCAGAUACACCCGACAUCCGAAAUGAUAGGAGGAGCAGCACAUUUUUUGCUGCAUGCAUUAAAUAAUUAGAUUUUCUCUUUGUUUUUGUUGCUUUUUUUUUGUUUUUAUCAUCAGAGCGCAAUGUUUUUCAAACAUUUCACAUUUUUUAUUAUUAUUGUGGCACAAAUGCUGAACAGCAACAUGAAAAAUGAGUUUUUGAUUUUUCGAUGAACAUCAAUAAAAAAGGAUCCUAAGAGAACUGUAUAAACUAUAAACUGAAACUGCUGCUGUUUGAUUUACUCUUUUAUUGUUAGAUAUAUGUUUGGAGGAUGGUUGUAAGAACUAAUAUUAACAUUUAUUGAUUUUACUCAUUUUUAAGAAGCAAUUUCAAAUGUUUUGCUGAAGAUUUAUUUGAAAGUUAUAA